CCUGGUUGCCCCCGGACCUGACUUGGCGUCGACCGCGUUGGGGAUUCGUCCUUGAGUCUCCUGUCAACUGACAGUCGAGCCAUGAGGUUUUCGCGAGCAUGAGGUUUUGGCCUGGUGUUGACCCCGCGUGUUAACCGUACGAAACGAGCCUCUCACGUCCCGGGAUAACAUGUCUCUCUAAUUGUAGGGUCCUUAAAUUUAGAGCAGUUGCAGCCGCUGGCUCAGUCACUAAAGGAUCCGGGCCCGACACGCACAUACACAGUAGUUCCCAGGGCAGCAGAAAGUACAGAAAUCCCACCUUAUGUGAUGAAGUGUCCAAGCAAUGGUUUGUGUAGCAAACUUCCCGCAGACUGUAUAGAUUGUACAACAAAUUUCUCCUGUAUCUAUGGGAAACCUGUUACUUUUGACUGCACAGUAAAACCAUCUGUUACCUGUGUUGAUCAAGACUUCAAACCCCAAAAGAACUUCAUCAUUAACAUGACUUGCAGAUUCUGCUGGCAGCUUCCUGAGACAGAUUACGAAUGCUUCAAUUCCACCAGCUGCAUGACGGUGUCCUGUCCUCGGCAGCGUUACAUUGCCAACUGCACAGUGCGGGACCACAUCCAUUGUUUAGGUAACCGUACUUUUCCCAAAAUGCUAUAUUGCAAUUGGACUGGAGGCUAUAAGUGGUCUACUGCUCUGGCUCUAAGCAUCACCCUUGGUGGGUUUGGAGCAGACCGCUUCUACCUGGGCCAGUGGCGGGAAGGCCUCGGCAAGCUCUUCAGCUUUGGUGGCCUGGGAAUAUGGACGCUGAUCGACGUCCUGCUCAUUGGCGUUGGCUACGUUGGACCUGCAGAUGGCUCUUUGUACAUUUAGCUUGGUAUCCGCUUCGGAAAGGAGCAGUGCUUAGAAAGAGUCCUUUUGCCUGUAGGAGUUGGUGUGGUGUGAGUGAUAUAUUUGUAUGUUUUAAUGUACAGCAUCUGUACUUUGCUUGCCUUGAUGAAGGUAAAAUAAAGAAUUAGAACACUGAACCACGCUAAUCUGGAAUUUGUUUUUAUUUGUGUGAAACAUAUUUUUUCUGUGAAAAAAAUGUAAAGUUAUUUAAACCAGUAGCACACAUUCUGCAGUGACUGAACAUCCAUUCAGUUCCAAUGACUUUGUCUUUUUUUACCUAACUCAAAAUAUACAUCUUGUAUCUCUAGCCCAGAUAUGAUCUGCCCUGGAGACCCUUUCAGUUAUUAUUGCCGGAAGUGGGAAGGGUUUACCGUCAACUAGUCUGCCUGCACUUCAGUCACCUGUACGUUUUGUGGCGUAAAAUGUCUGUGGUCUGGUCUCUAUGAAUGUUUGGAGUAAACGGCGGAACUUUUGUGGCUAGUCCUGGCUUGAAGUUUCUUAGAAGUAUAGGAGGUUGUGAGGGUGCUGAAAAAUUAAUAAAACUACUGGCUAAGGAA